AUGGAUCUUAUUGUAAUUCAUUUCAAUUUGGAAAAUACAUCUUUUGAUUUACGGUGCGAAACUGUUCUUCAUCCCGGCUUUAAUUCAACUGUACGAAUUGAGAAGAAUAGAUCAAAGGUCAGACACAGGCAAAAGAAGUUUGGCAACAUCGCCCAAAACAAUGUCGUGUACAAGUGCCAUUUCUGUUCACAUCAGAAUAUCAAGAGAGGUACCCCUAAGGGACAUUUGAAAAAAAUAUGCCCGGCAAAAGAUAAACCAUCAUUAGAAUCAAUGCCCACUGCAAAGCCAAUUGUACACAAAUCUUUAAAAUUAGAGAAACACAUGGUAAGCAAAGAUGAAGGCGGUGAAAUACACACUGUUGGUUCAGAAGUUGUAGUUAAGGACGUCACCCCUGGGAAGGGUCUGGAAACUCCGUUUAGUACAAGUACACCAACAUUGUUAGAAGCAAAGAAGAGAAGUAGAAACAAUUCCGCGUCCAAGAACACGAUUGAAACUCCAAGCAUGUCUGCAAGAGUAAAUACUCAGAGCACUGCGAGCAAAAGACGGAAAAAAUCAUGGACCAGUUUAAAAGAAAUUGCUAAGAGCAAAGAGCGUGAUAACAGUGAAGUCACUAAUUUAACAAUCCCAUAUUUUAGUUAA